UCUUAAUUUUCCAAGUGUAUCCAUUAGAAAGCUUUUCGCAAAUGGCGAAAGCUGGCCACCAGAAGCUCCGCCAUAUGAUCACCGAUUCUGCGGUCUUAGUUUAUAAACAACGCUCGCCGGCGGCAGUUCGGAACCCUCGGAAUCGGCGGUAUAUAUAUAUAGCGAGACGAAGGCGGGGCAGCGUGCCGCUGGUCAUAUGUAAUUGCUUAUCACACCGAACUGUCCGAAAUCGUUAUGUUCUCGGUGCUCCUCCAGUGACAGCGACAUCAACAUCCAUCCCUUUGGCCCCCCCGCGAACUGUCGGUUUACGUAAGCCCAUUCAAUUGUUCGUCGAUUAAAAUACGUUUUAGCUGAGAGAGCACAUUAAUCAAAAUACACGUAAUGCGGCUACUGGCGAGACACGCGAUUCGGCUUUUGGGCCAGGAGAAUGGACGAGGUGGAGCAGUAACAGCAAUCCGGCUAAAGGCCACAACCGGUUCCUUAAAGCUGGCCACAGCAAGUGCUCCAGCGUUGGAGCAGCCGGCAAAACAGGUGCAGAGAAUGAACUCACCGCUAACGGAUACGUUUGGCAGACACCACACCUACCUGAGGAUCUCCCUCACCGAGCGCUGUAACCUGCGAUGUGACUACUGCAUGCCCGCCGAGGGAGUUCCCCUGCAGCCAAAGCAGAAUCUCCUAACCACCGAGGAGAUACUUCGCCUGGCACGCAUAUUCGUAGAGCAGGGAGUCCGCAAGAUCCGUCUAACCGGAGGUGAACCCACAGUCAGGCGAGAUAUAGUUGAAAUAGUGGCCCAGAUGAAGGCUCUGCCGCAGCUGGAGCAGGUGGGUAUAACUACCAAUGCACUGGUACUCACUCGCCUGCUCCCUUCGCUCCAAAGAGCAGGAUUAGAUUCACUCAACAUCAGCUUGGAUACGCUGAAGAGGGAUCGCUUUGAGAAGAUAACACGGAGAAAGGGUUGGGAGCGGGUUAUAGCUGGGAUUGAUUUGGCCGUUCAGCUGGGAUACACUCCUAAGGUCAACUGUGUCCUGAUGCGGGACUUCAAUGAGGAUGAGAUCUGUGAUUUUGUGGAGUUCACCAAGGAUCGUCCUGUGGAUGUGCGCUUUAUUGAAUACAUGCCCUUCUCCGGCAACAAGUGGCACACGGAGAGGUUGAUAUCCUACAAAGAUACCCUGCAGGCCAUUCGGCAAAGGUGGCCAGACUUCGAGGCCCUGCCCAAUGGACCCAACGACACAUCCAAGGCUUACGCAGUACCCGGUUUUAAGGGUCAAGUGGGCUUCAUCACCUCGAUGACAGAACACUUUUGUGGAACUUGUAACAGACUUCGACUCACCGCAGAUGGUAACAUCAAGGUGUGUCUGUUUGGGAACAAGGAGUUCUCCUUGAGGGAUGCCAUGCGAAGAGAUGACAUAUCCGAAGAGCAGUUGGUGGAUUUCAUCGGAGCGGCAGUGCAGCGCAAGAAGCGACAGCAUGCAGGUGCUGCCCCACUGCUCCAUCAUUAUAGCCGCCACCUUCAUCAUCACCUCUAUCAUCAUGCGUACCAUCCAUUAAGGCAACAGCUCCAGAUCAGAAACUGCAGCAGCAUAAGCAGCCAUCUAACUCAUGUCAACGCUCAGGGCAAGGCCCAAAUGGUGGAUGUGGGCGCCAAGCCAUCAACCACAAGAUUAGCUCGAGCCGAGGCCACUGUCCAGGUGGGCGAACGACUUACCCAACUCAUAGCGGCCAACGAGAUAGCCAAAGGAGAUGUUCUGACGGUAGCCCAACUUGCUGGCAUCAUGGGAGCAAAACGCACUUCGGAACUCAUUCCUCUGUGCCACAAUAUCAGCCUAUCCUCGGUCAAAGUGCAGGCUACUCUUUUAAAAAGCGAGCAAUCCGUCCGUCUGGAGGCAUCGGUUCGCUGCUCUGGCCAAACUGGCGUUGAGAUGGAGGCCCUGACCGCCGUCUCUGUGGCUGCCUUAACCGUGUACGAUAUGUGCAAGGCCGUUUCCCAUGACAUCUGCAUCACCAACAUCCGGCUGCUGAGCAAAACUGGUGGAAAAAGGGACUUCCAACGUGAUGAAGCUGCUGAGCUGAAGGUCGAAUAAGCAGAUCUUCAAUAAAUCACAACACGUUCGUUCAUUUCGUUAUAG